AUGGCACCGAAGGGAGAGAAAAAGCCAGCGGAGAAGAAGCCCGCAGAGGAGAAGAAGUCGACGGUGGGAGACAAGGCUCCUGCGGAGAAAAAGCCAAAAGCCGGAAAGAAGCUUCCGAAGGAGGGAGGAGCGGGAGGUGACAAGAAGAAGAAGAGAAGCAAGAAGAGCGUGGAGACAUACAAGAUAUACAUCUUCAAGGUUCUGAAACAGGUUCACCCUGACAUAGGUAUCUCUAGCAAGGCUAUGGGCAUCAUGAACAGCUUCAUCAACGAUAUAUUCGAGAAGCUUGCUCAGGAAUCUUCUAGACUUGCCCGAUACAACAAGAAACCCACCAUCACCUCAAGGGAAAUCCAGACUGCUGUCAGGCUUGUGCUGCCUGGAGAAUUGGCCAAACAUGCCGUCUCUGAGGGAACCAAAGCGGUGACUAAGUUCACUAGUUCUUAA